CUUGUCUGGUGUGUGUGUGCUGUGUGUGAUUCAAGACUACCUAAACCUGGGAAAAGCCAGUGCAAGUGCCAGUGCUGCAGUCUUUCUCACAGUUCAAUUACCCAUUCUCGGCACGUGCGCCCGGCCUACGCACCCCCAGGAAACUUGAUACUUCCGGCCUUUGCAGGAACGGACGCUAAGGGGGCAAAGGGGGGAAGGAUUGCUGAGACUUUGCAACUGUGCAAGAGACCUUUUUUCCAAGCUUCCAUCCUGCUUCCCCUGCUUCAUGUCAACGAUUGGAAACCGAAAAAAGGCUAG